AUCCUACCUGUGGCCAUCACACGUUGAUUCUUUUCGACUAAUCACAAAGACAUCGGCACCCUUUAUCUAGUAUUUGGUGCUUGAGCCGGAAUAGUGGGCACUGCCCUAAGCCUGCUUAUCCGAGCAGAACUAAGCCAGCCCGGCGCUCUCCUAGGAGACGACCAGAUUUAUAACGUAAUUGUUACAGCACAUGCCUUCGUAAUAAUUUUCUUUAUAGUAAUACCAAUUAUGAUUGGGGGCUUUGGAAACUGACUAAUUCCACUUAUGAUCGGUGCCCCUGACAUAGCUUUCCCUCGAAUAAAUAAUAUGAGCUUUUGGCUCCUGCCUCCUUCUUUCCUUCUCCUCCUUGCUUCCUCAGGAGUUGAAGCCGGAGCUGGUACCGGAUGAACUGUUUAUCCCCCUCUUGCUGGGAACUUAGCACAUGCUGGAGCAUCUGUUGAUUUAACCAUUUUCUCUUUACACUUAGCAGGGGUUUCCUCAAUUCUAGGUGCUAUUAAUUUUAUUACAACCAUCAUUAAUAUAAAACCCCCUGCCAUCUCCCAAUAUCAAACUCCCUUGUUCGUAUGGGCUGUAUUAAUUACCGCCGUUCUUCUCCUUCUUUCACUACCUGUUCUUGCCGCUGGCAUUACAAUGCUUCUUACAGACCGAAAUUUGAACACCACUUUCUUCGAUCCUGCAGGAGGGGGUGAUCCCAUCCUUUACCAACACUUAUUCUGAUUCUUCGGCCAUCCUGAAGUAUAUAUCCUUAUUCUCCCCGGCUUUGGAAUAAUUUCUCACAUUGUUGCCUACUAUGCAGGCAAAAAAGAGCCUUUCGGCUACAUGGGAAUAGUCUGAGCUAUAAUGGCUAUUGGCCUCCUAGGUUUUAUUGUGUGGGCUCACCACAUAUUUACAGUUGGCAUGGAUGUAGACACCCGAGCCUACUUUACAUCCGCUACUAUAAUCAUCGCAAUUCCUACUGGUGUAAAAGUCUUCAGCUGACUCGCAACCCUCCAUGGGGGUUCUAUUAAAUGAGAAACCCCUCUUCUAUGGGCCCUUGGCUUUAUUUUCCUAUUUACAGUAGGGGGACUAACUGGAAUUGUUCUAGCCAACUCCUCUUUAGAUAUUGUUCUUCACGAUACUUACUACGUAGUAGCCCACUUCCACUACGUCUUAUCCAUAGGUGCUGUAUUUGCCAUUAUAGCUGCCUUUGUCCACUGAUUCCCCUUAUUUUCAGGUUAUACCCUUCACAGCACUUGAACAAAAAUUCACUUCGGAAUUAUGUUCGUAGGAGUAAACCUAACGUUUUUCCCCCAACAUUUCCUUGGUCUGGCUGGAAUGCCUCGUCGGUACUCAGACUACCCAGAUGCCUACACCCUUUGAAACACAGUCUCUUCAAUUGGCUCUCUAAUUUCUCUAGUUGCAGUUAUUAUAUUCUUAUUUAUUAUUUGAGAAGCCUUUGCCGCCAAACGAGAAGUACUAGCAGUAGAGCUAACUGCAACUAAUGUGGAAUGACUGCAUGGCUGCCCUCCUCCUUACCAUACAUUCGAGGAGCCUGCAUUUGUACAAGUUCGAUCAAACUAA